AUGGCACCCCAAGUCCCGGAGAAGCAGUGGGCGCAGGUGGUGGAGAAGAAGGGUGGACCUCCCAUCUACAAGGAGAUCCCCGUGCCCAAGCCAGGUCCCGAUGAGGUCCUCGUGCAGAUCAAGUACUCGGGCGUCUGCCAUACCGACCUGCACGCGAUGAACGGUGACUGGCCUCUCCCUCUCAAGAUGCCUCUCGUGGGUGGCCACGAAGGUGCCGGUAUCAUCGUCGCCAAGGGUGAACUCGCCAGCGGCGUCGAGAUUGGUGACUAUGCCGGUAUCAAAUGGCUGAAUGGCUCUUGUCUGUCUUGCGAGUACUGCAAGACGGCCGAUGAACCUCUCUGCGCCGGUCAGCAGCUGUCGGGUUACACCGUCGACGGCACAUUCCAACAGUAUGCCAUUGGCAAGGCCGCUCAUGUGACUCUCCUGCCCAAGGACAUCCCCCUGGAUGGUGUUGCUCCAGUCCUGUGUGCCGGUGUCACCGUCUACAAGGGUCUCAAGGAGUCGGAGGCUCGUCCAGGACAGACCGUCGCCAUCGUCGGUGCCGGUGGUGGUCUUGGUGCCAUGGCUCAGCAAUAUGCCAAGGCCAUGGGUCUGCGUGUCAUUGCUAUCGACGGUGGUGAUGAGAAGCGAGAGAUGUGCGAGAAGCUUGGCUCCGAGGUCUACAUCGACUUUACCAAAUCCAAGGAUCUCGUCGCUGAUGUCAAGGCCGCUACUCCCAACGGUCUCGGGGCCCACGCCGUCAUCUUGCUCGCCGUCUCUGAGAAGCCCUUCCAGCAGGCUGUCGAGUACGCCCGUCCCCGCGGAAAUAUCGUCGCCAUCGGUCUGCCUGCCAAUGCCUUUCUCAAGGCCCCCGUCUUCGAGACCGUCGUGAAGAUGAUCAACAUCAAGGGCAGCUACGUGGGCAACCGUCAGGACGCUGCCGAAGCAGUGGACUUUUAUGCUCGCGGUCUGAUCAAGAUCCCCUUCAAGACCGUUCCUCUUAAGGACUUGCCCAAAGUGUUUGAGUUGAUGGAGCAAGGAAAGAUCGCUGGGCGCUACGUCCUGCAAAUGCCAGAGUAA